AUGAUGGAAAUCGACGGAACUUCGAGCGGCUCGAGCGACUCGCACAUCGGGAAUUUCUGCCAUCCCGCGGGCAACAUCAACUACUAUUCGGACAAUUUGUACUUCGCGACCAACUGCAAGUUGGACAACUAUUUCGCCGGCGAUAAGCUGGUGAAGAAAAUCGAAAACGUGCCGAAGAAAAUCGACUAUUUUCGCAAGGACGAUUACGGGAAAAGUGCUUUAAACAAAAGUGAUGCGGGAUGCAAAAGGGUGCUAAACUACGCCGAAUGUUUUGAGAAAAAAACCGACGAAAGGAGAGGACACCUGGAUUUUUUUAACAACAACUCUAACGUUACCAGCAAAAACGAAGGAACUAUUCAAUUGAAUGGAAUCGAGGCUUAUGGGAAGAAACCUAUGAGUUUUUCACCAGAUCAGGUGCAAUGCAUGUGCGAAGCCCUGCAGCAGCGCGGCGACGUCGAGAGAUUGGCGACAUUUCUGUGGUCGCUGCCUCAAUCAGAGCUGCUCAGCGGCAACGAGAGCAUACUCAGAGCCAGGGCGGCGGUGGCGUUUCACCGAGGAUCAUAUCACGAAUUGUACUCGAUAUUGGAAUCGCACGCUUUCCAUACCAGGUGGCAUUCGGAGUUGCAGAGUCUGUGGUUCAAGGCGCAUUACAAUGAAGCCGAGAAGAUCAGAGGGAGGCCGUUAGGUGCUGUGGAUAAGUAUAGGCUGCGUAAGAAGUACCCGUUGCCUAAGACGAUUUGGGACGGCGAGGAAACGGUGUAUUGCUUCAAGGAGCGAAGCAGGAACGCUUUGAAAGACUGUUACAGUAGGAAUAGGUAUCCGACUCCGGAUGAAAAACGAGCUUUAGCGAAACGGACCGGCCUAACGUUGACUCAAGUUUCUAAUUGGUUCAAAAAUCGAAGACAGAGGGAUAGAACACCACAAUCUAGACCAGACUUGAUAAUAGGCAACAUGUCCAUAACGCAUCAGAACAACAUAAUGAAUUCGAUGGGCAAUCACCAAAGCGGUCUCGACAUGGCGGCCUUCCAAACGGCUUCGAAACUCUUCGAUCCGAAUUGUACAAUUACAUCGUGUUAUCCGGACUACCAAGUAGUUUAA